UGCACCUUUUCCCCGUGAGGCGAUGGCGGAUCAGGCGGUGCACAGAGCCGGCGUCUUGAAGCAGAAGAACAAGACGCACAAGAACGGGCGGCACCGCACCAAGGGCGAGAUCGACAGAGACCACAAGGGGCGUGUGACCGUCAAGGCCCUCACGAAGAAAGCGCGACGGGAGCUGAACCGGCAGGAACGGCGGAACAGAUCUACGCAGAUCAGAAAAAACAAGCGCGAUGCUGUCUUCAACAGCAAGCGGAUGGUGGGUAGCAAGGACGGGCCGCCCCACCUGGUCGCCAUCAUCCCGCUGCAUUCUGGGAUAAGCACCGGAGAGGCCGUGCGGCUGCUGCGCUCGUGCGACGAGACGGUGCGCGUCGAGGAUGGCCCCGCACCCGCCAGCGGCAGCGAUCGCCGCGCCUUCGGCCUCGUGCUACCGAGGCACAAGCAGCGGCUUUCCUUCAUCCAUGUGGAUCCUGGCGACGCCCACGCCUUGCUGGACGCAGCCAAGGUGGCCGACACGCUGCUGCUCUUGCUGGAGCCCAGUGACGGGUGGGACGCGUCCGGGGAGCACUGCCUCUCGUGUCUCUUCGCCCAGGGCCUGCCCAGCUGUGUAUUCGGUGUAGUCGGAGCCUCAGAACUGCCGGCUAAGAGGCGCGCCGAAACGCGCACGAAGCUGUGCCGCCUGGUGGAUCGGCGCGUGCCGGGCGCGCGCCCCCUGCCCCUCGACUCGGCGGGGGAGGCAGCCCUGCUGCUGCGCCAGGUGUGGUCCCAGCGGCGCGCGCGGGUGGCGUUCCGAGAGCGUCGCGCGCAUAUGUUGGCCGAGCGCACGCAGCUGGUGCCAGGUGCCAGCGUGGACGGGGAGCCGGCCACGCUCCUCGGCACGCUCAAGGUCACCGGCUACGUGCGCGGGCGUCCUCUCAACGUGAACGGCCUGAUCCACCUCGCGGGCCUCGGCGACUUCCAAAUGAGCCAGAUCGACCUCGUCCCUGACCCGCUGACCCUGAACCCGCGAGUGCCGCGCCAGGCAAAGUCCUCCGCUGACGUGGAAAUGCAGGAAGAUGCGGAUGAGGUGCGGGUCCUGAUGCGGGCUGACCCCGCACGGCAGGUGCCCCUGGAUUGCGAGGCCGUGCCCGACCCGAUGGAGGGAGAGCAGACGUGGCCCACCGACGAGGAGCUCCGAGAGGCCGAGGAGUCCCUGGCUGCGAAGAAGCGAGAAGUCCGACGCGUGCCUCGCGGGACGUCCGACUACCAGGCGAGCUGGAUCAUAGACGGGGGCGGCGGCGGCGAAGACGACGACGACGAAGAUGAUGAUGACGACGAUGAAGAUGAUGAUGACGACGACGCCAUGGAGGAGGUGGCCGGGUCCCAGGAGGGCAGCAUGGACGACGAUGCCAGCUCCGACGGUCGCACGAUGACUGACGGCGGCGACGAGGAUGGGGGCGAGAGCGUGGCGGGCACAGGCACGGUGUGCGACGAGGGCUACGACGCGAGGAUGGAUGAGGAGGAGGACCAGGUGGCACUGGAGAAGUACCGCGAGGAGAGGCUCGACCGCAUGUUCCCCGACGAGGUCGACACGCCCAAGGACGUCAGCUGCCGCGUCAGGUUCCAGAAGUACCGCGGGCUCAAGAGCUUUCGCACGUCGCCCUGGGACCCCAAGGAGAACCUCCCGCUGGAGUACGGGCGCAUCUUCCAGUUCCAGAACUUUGCGGCGGCGCGCAAACGUGUGCUGCGCGACUCUCAGCAGGACGUGGAGGGAGCGGCGCUCGGCUUGUACGUGACCGUUCACAUCCCCAACGUGCCCCUGGACUUGUUGGAGGGGCGCCAGCCAGACGCUCCGCUUGUCCUCUUUGGGCUCCUACCACACGAGCACAAGAUGUCGGUGGUGCACUUUGCGGUGCGGAGGCACCCGGGCUGCACGGAGGUGGUGAAGGCCAAGGAGGAGCUGGUGUUCCACUGCGGAUUCCGGCGGUUGCGAGCAAAGCCCAUCUUCUCGCAGCACACUGGAGGCGACAAGCACAAGAUGGAGCGGUACCUGCGGAACGAUGUGCCGAUCGUCGCCACGGUGUACGCACCCAUCAUGUUCCCGCCGGCUUCUGUGCUCGUCUUCAAGCAGCAUCCCGGUGGCUCCCAGGAGCUGCUGGCGACGGGCUCGCUGCUGAAGCCGGACCCUAACCGCGUAGUGGUGAAGCGUCUGGUUCUCAGCGGGCACCCGUUCAAGAUCAACAAGAAAGUCGCCACGCUGCGAUACAUGUUCUUCACCAGAGAGGACAUCAUGUGGUUCAAGCCGGUGGAGCUGAGGACGAAGUGGGGGCGCAGAGGUCACAUCAAGGAACCCCUGGGCACACACGGCCACAUGAAGUGCGUUUUUGACGGGCAGCUCAAGUCGCAGGACACGGUGCUCAUGAACCUGUACAAGCGCGUGUUCCCGCCCUGGUCCUACGACGCGCACGUUCCGCAACCAGCGCCGUGGGAGCCCGGGCGGGAGGCAGAGCGUGUCUCCCAGCGCGAGGACGCCGACGAGGACGAGAUGGAGUGAAGGGACCGUGACACAGACGGCCCAUCGUGAGAAUCGGCCAAAUAAAAAAAAUCCAAUUGGUGGUGACGGGCCUGCUGACGCGACUUGAGCAGAGGGUGGGAGGGUGGAACGUGUGGUUCAUGGGCUCGACGCGCCCCGUGACUUCGUUUUAUCUGGCCUGACGACCUGCAGAUGGAAUGAACGGGACCGUGAUGAGAAUGGCUGUCAUCAGACUCGGCCGAAUAAAUAACUAAACUGGCUAUAGCCUGCUUAUGAGAUGGUAAAGUAAGGGAGGGGAACCUACAAGGGUGUUCAUUUUUGGCCUGCAGGUCAAUGAGGCCCUUCCACUUGAGUGCCGCCCACAAACUAUUUAUUAAGCACUGCAAGCAUCUCUCGGCAGCACUACUCCGGUACUAAAAACCUCCAGAAUUAUUUUGAGCUGCCAACAAUGGCUUCAUAAAUUUAGCUUGCUUAGGUCACUUGUGUGACUACGAGGGCCUCCUACAGAACAAACACGUUUGGACUCUCAGUAUAUGAUAGUUUCUGUGGUCAUUGUAUGUACAGUAACAGAAUUGUUACCGAAUCUAUAUUUUAUUUUAUUUUACCAGGUAAGGCCCACUGAGCUAUAUAGCUCUUUUUCAGAAGCGACCUGGCCACAAAUGAUUGCUCAACGAUGUGGAAAUGUAUUGCAGCCAAAUACUCUAAACACCACGCAUUGAUUCUAAAUGUGGAGCGAAAAACCGGAGGACCCGGAGAAAAAAACCACGCGCCCACGGAAAGAACACGCAAACUCCAAAUAUACAGGUGUGAGAGUCUGGAUCGAACCUGCAUACCAGGCGAGGUAGUUUACAUCUCGCCACCGUGGCCCAACCAGCAGCGCAUUUCGCCCAUCUUCCAUCUGCCAUUGCUGAAGCUCCUCGUGUCGAUAACAUUUUGUGUUUCUGCAGUUGAUAAAGUCACUUUAUUUACCCCCAUUGUCAUCCAAACGACCGUAUAGUUCAGGGGUGGAGAACGUCCGGCCCGCGGGUCGUAUGAGGCCCGCAAAAUCAUUUGGUCUGGCCCUGUCAAGGCAACCGUAGGCGGGACUCGAAAUUCAAUCAAUCUAGGAGCAAACCUGGAAAAGCUGUUGCGCUAGUAGCAACAUCAAUACCAGCUAACGUCACGCCUCGCCAAAGAGAAGCAGUUCCAGCCAUCACAUUAGGGGUGAGUUAAUUAAAUGUUUGACCAAAUAUAACAGGCAAAUUUUUAAGUUGAUAAUUUAGUAUGGCCCGCGAAUGAUGUUAUAAAUAUCAAAAUGGCCCUUGCCAGAAAAAGGUUCCCCGCCCCUGGUCUAGUUGCUAGUGGCCCUAUUGGGCAGUGCAGCGUAAAUCCACGUGUUUGGAAAUGAAAAUGCAGAUCGUAAGGAAGGGGGGGGGGUGAGAGAUGAAAAGUGAAGUGCCGCGUUCGUUAGGGUUGGCGCAGUCCACCUUUAAGGCCAUUUUAAACUCGAGCGGACAUGGUGAAGGCGACCAUGCAGAACUGUUUUUCUAUUCUGUACCCCCACCACCUUUGAAGUCCUGGAAUGCAUCCCCUAUGCCUCCUUUGGUAACAACGUUUUUGACGGCGAAGUGACGUCACGGAACGCAUCUACUUUGUUCGCAGAGGUAUUGCUGUACAUGGUAGUUGCUGUGGUUAAUCGCCUCCAAAACUCUGGUUUGCAGGUGUGUGUGCGCGUCGGUUUAGCCUGGUUGAAAAGGGUGUGUCUGUCAAGUAAAAACGGUGCAUUGAUAACGCACACGCUGAUUUCAGUUUGCGUCCGGUGGACCUUUUUAGCUUAACGUGUUGGUAAACCUUAAGCAUUUUAGAGCUUGGAAACUGCCCUCUUGUAUUUUCAUGUCUAUUUUUUUAUGAGAAGCACGAUUGAGGACAUGUGCAGCGCAGUUUCAAUUCGCUUCUGGUCAAGGUCUCUCCCCACGUCAUGCACGUGGGGGGGUUUAUUUGACCAUUUGCUACGCUGGCCAGUGUUGGUUAGCGAAGACGGGAAGCAUAGAUGCUGGAGCAUAGAGGUGCAGUACAACAAUGGAUUUUGUUGUACAGCCCUCUGCUGUCCAUAUUUCGCAAGUACGGAAUUCCAUCGGUUACGGGAUGUAAGCGAUGUGUGUGAAAUGUUCAUACGAUUGUAAGAUAUUGUAAUCAUUUACGUACGAGUACCUUGUACAAAAUGUACUACUAAGUGCUGUGUUCUUAAAUUAAAAGGCAAGUUUGGUUGA